GUCUGUCGAUGCAGUGCAGUGAUGAUGAAAUCUUAAACUGUGGCAAUUAGACAAACAUUUGCAAAGUGCUCACACAUUGUUCUCUGUCUCGCUGUCUGUCUUUCUGCAUCUCUCUCUCUCUCUGUCUCUCUCUCUCGGGUAUUUUGUUCCAUUUGAUUCAGGUAAAGUAGCGAUUCUGCAGUGGAGUGUACCCCUCUUCACUGAGAUGACAAAAUGGAGGGGAAGGUAUCGCUGUGAACUAACCUCUUAAUUUUUUGUCCUUUUGUUAUCUGGAGUUUGUAGUUUUUUUUUGUUUGUAUAAUGUUAAUUCUGACACCUUUCUUCCCCCCCCUCCGAAAACAAGGUGCAGGAGAGCAAAUCUGAAGCAAAUCCUGGCACGCUGCAAUGGAAACCUUUGUACUCAGACCAGCUAGUUAGCCACACACUGCGCACAAUGCAGUGUCUAGUAAUCCCAAAGUAUUAGUUCGUAGUUAGUGAGGAACAAAAAUCCCUGGUAAUGAAACGAGUCUACAAAACGCCCGCUCGCACACUUGAGAUUCUUCAAGAUGACUUCGACAUCUAAGUUCCGCUCCAAGUAUCACCCAGAUGAAGCUGGGAAACGGAAACAAGAGGCUGACUACGGCCUCCGCACACGCCUCAGUGUGUACUGUUACCUGAUGGAACACAGCUGGUUCGAGGGCCUUUCACUUGACAUUGAUAAAGCCAAUAUCAUCAUGAAGGCUUUAGACGCUGCUGUCAUAAAGAUGGAGGGUGGAACGGAAAACGACGUGAAAAUACUAGAGCUGGAGGAUGAAGAGGAAAAGGCAGAAAAAUCCGAACCCGGGAAGAAGGAAGAAGGGAGGCUCAUGGAUAGUGACAAGAAAGUGGUGGAAAAGGAAGACGCCAGCAAAAAGGCAGAAACCAGUCAGCCAGCCGAGGAAGAGAAGAAGGACAAGGAAGAUGGUAAAUCGAAAGAAUCGCCCGGGCAAGAGGAGGAAGAGAAGGGUGAAGAGGGAGAAGAGAAGGAUGACACUGAACAGUCUCAGGUAGUCAAGGAGAGCCCAGUCUCAGUGAAAGCUGUGAAGAAGCGAAAGAGGAAACGCAGCGGUGAAGACAGUUACGAUGAGGACGAUGCCUCACGCUCCGACUCAGAGUCAGAGUGUGAAGUGGCUCUGACAACUGGGGAGAGAACUGAGCAGGACCCUUCAGGCAAGCCGAAGGGAGAGGGGGAGAAAAGCCAAAAGGAAGCCAGAGCGCAGCUCCGAGACUGUGAGCUGAGCCCGGUGGUGAAUCGGGAUUUGGCCCGCCGUGUCCGCAGUAUUAACGGUAUCACGCAGCACAAACAGAUUGUUCGCAACGACAUCAAACUCGCAGCUAAACUCAUCCACUCACUGGACGACCGCUCGCAACUGUGGUCCUCUGAGACCGUCACUGAGGAAGGCCGCGUUGAG